AUGGUCAAGGGAAUGGUUACGCCGAGUCCAGCGACGGUUGGAAGUAACUCGGUCAGACUGACCAACUCGGCGGACUCGGCGAAUGCGAUGAUCACGGACGCGACGGCGGGCGAGGCGCGCACCGUCCUGUUCGAUGAGGAGGAUAUCCAUGACCAAGGAAGUGAGGAAGAUGUUGAGGAUGAGUAUGAGGAGAAAGCCGAGCUAUUCGGCGAAGUCGACGAGUUCUUGCUGCAAGUCGGACGGAUGGGUACCCCACGUCCAGUUGUGCGCAACCUGGCGGCCGAGCUCGGCAAUGAUACGGACGACGAAGAUCAAGCCGUCGCUCAAGGGGAACGUCCGCCCCUGAUCCCGCGAGCGACGAGGGAUGCGGAUACGCCAAGUGCGAACAAGGUUCUGGGUAGGCUCGGAGAGGAGAUGCAAGCUCAGAGAGAGUGGAUGAUGAUGUUUGCCCCAGUGGCGAUGGCUCAGGCGAGAUGGCCGGUGCUGGGACCCGAGCUGACUCAGCCGGUGAACAGCACCGACAUCAACCAACUGGUCGAAGACACGGUGCUGCUACUCAAGGCGAUGGGGUUCGGGUGCACGAGCGGGCCCAACAGCCUGCUACUCGGCGAUUGUGACCCCAGCCGAGCUUCACGCGAAAUCCUCAAGUGCAAGCGCCGGUUGAGAGUCACGUUUGGCCUCGAGCGGGGGGCCAUCGGAACUCGGCAGACUAUUGCGAAACGAGUGGCUGAUACUCCGAAGACCGUCGAAGACCCCAGCAGGAUUCCCCUGCCGAAGACUCCCGAACGCAAGAGAGCCGAGAUGUUCCGCUCGACUGAGGGUACACCGUAUUUCGAAGAUUCGCAUAUGAAGACGCCAACGCGUGGCAAGCAGCCAAGUGGACGCUACGCUGAGUUGUUUGACGCUGCAGACGCAGCCGAGCUCAGCGACAGCGACGAUGGGCGCGAGUACCUGAACUCGGCUGAAGAGUCGGUGAAGGACGUCAUCAAGCACCUUAGCUUCGAUGACGCUGAAAGUGGUCGGACGCAAUACUUGGAGGUUCGCACCCAUGCGUCCCUCGACAAGAUCCCUAUGUUCGAAGGCAAACGUUACCGACCGGAUGACUCUCUCCAGUGGCGUAAGCGGUUCAUCUACGAGAUGAAAGGAACUCGGCUGGCACAAGACCUCUGGUACGAGCCAUUCUCGCUGAAGCUGGAGCGAGGCGCGAAGAGCUGGUAUCGUCAGCUCUCGAAUAAAACGCAACGGAAGUGGAGUCUGCUGAGUGAGGCAUUCGCCGACUACUACUGUUCGCAGUUUGACCAGUCGGCACGAGCUCGCUAUUACUCGGCUCAGCGCAAAGACAACGAGCUGGUGUGUGACUUCCUCGUUCGUCUCAACGGAUAUGCGAAGUCGGCGAAAAUCCAGUACGAGGCCGGUGGAGCGGAUGCUGCUGACCAUGUGGAACACUUCCUGUUGCACUGCGGAGAUGAUGACAUCAUGGAUCUGCCCUAUCCGCAACAGCUCACCGACAUCAAGAAGGUCGAGAAGAUCAUCAACCAGAAGAUCCUGGGGGAGCGCCGGAAGAAACAGCGCGACCGUCUCAUCGGAAGCCGCAGCCGAGAUGCCAAGCGCACCGAUUCGCCAAGGCACUCGGAAGCUCGGCGGAGUGAGCCGCGCGGAGAUGACCGCCGAGACGACCGCCGGGAACGACGCAGAGAUGAUCGCUGA